GUGCACUGAUACCAGAGUAUCUCAGUAGGGAUCAGCGAUAUAGACUGAAACCUGUAUCGCGAUACUUCAUGAUAUUUUCUUUGCGAUAACGAUAUAAGAUAGUGACUUUCUGGCCACCAGUCAGAUCAGCGUACAGUCUUGAGAGCCGUCUGAUUCACAUCUGAAUUACAUCUGUAUUACGGAGGAAGCUCCUUUUCUGGGGAUUAAUUCUUCUUCCUCGUCUAGGGCCGGAACUUCACCUUCCGCCACGCUUGUUCCCAUUCUAUGUGUGAGAUACGCACGUGGCGGUGCGUAAACACGCCAUCGUCUAUAUCAUCAGUAUCGCUGGAUGACAAAUUGUUAUCCCAGGGAGGAAUUGUACCGGUAUAUCAUGCACGAUAUGAUGUAGCACAGCUCUGAUUCUGAGUAUCGCUGAUACCCCCGAUACUGACAUCCUCACACUGAUGGAGGAGACGUCCUGUAGCGUCUUCUGAGGAAGGAUGCCAAAGGCAUGAUGGCAGCAAGCUUUAAGACAACUUCUAUUUAGAUGCAUGUUGUCAGUCAUUGCGUAUAGGACAUAAAAUAUUCGGGAAAUCAAAUCCAGACUUUUGUCUCACUGUUGGAUCGGUGCAUUCCUGCCCUGUGGUGUUCAUAUUGCGCUUUCACACCUAUUAGUCCAUUUGCUAUUCUUAUAACGUAUUCCCUUUGGUAUGUUUGCUGUUUGAAUUGGUUUAGUUUCACAAUCCACACAAAAUAAAAGAACCAAAAAAAAAAAAUAAUAACAAAUGCACUUGGGCUGAAAACACACUCCUUAAAUUCUUUCAUUCGUUGUUCAGAAAUAUGGGAACCGAUCCAGCACUCAUAAAUAACUAGUUGAACUAGUUUUGUUUGUCACAUUCACUGUGUUUUUCUCUUUUUCUUCAUUGGUCCAAAUCUCCAGAAUAUUUCACAUCUCUGCAGCACUUCAGCUCACUCCUGUGGCUCAGUAUAUAGCUCAUGGGUCAGGUUAGCAGCUCGCGUCUACCGACAAAAAAAAAAAACGCUGCCCGCAACUCAAAACACAUGACACUUCCUGCAGUCGGGUCAAUUCAGGGUGAAAUCAUUUUCCUCCUGCAAUCAAACCACACAAGAGAUCACGAGGAAGCAGACUGAAACGACCUUGGACUGGUUUCGGAUUUGGUGUUCACACCUGCGUAAUCGAUCCACACCAGCGUUCGAUUCAAGCUGACCCAGAACACUCUGUAAUAUUAAGCAAAGUUCUCAGCAGUUGUCAGUAAACCUGUGUGAGGAGAAACCCGAGUCUGUGUGUAAACAUGGGGGGGGGGGACAAACAUGAACCACCAGUAUGCAACCAAUCAGCACAUAGAGACGUCUCUGCUUAUCUGUCCAUCAUGUUGCUUUGGAGGGAAUUGAGUUUGGAUUUACAGCUUUAAAUCAGCUAAACUGCCACUAAAUUAUACCUUGAAGCUGACACAUCAGCAUCAGUUGGAGAUGGACAGAGGCCCUUCUUCAGGCUACUGAACCUGCGCAAGCUAGGCCUGAGUGACAAUGAGAUCCAGAGACUUCCCCCUGAGGUGGCCAACUUCAUGCAGCUAGUGGAGCUGGACAUCUCUCGAAAUGACAUUCCUGAGAUCCCCGAGACCAUUAAGUUCUGCAAGGCGUUGGAGAUUGCGGACUUCAGUGGAAACCCCCUCUCCAGAUUACCUGAUGGCUUUACACAGCUUAGAGCACUAGCCCACCUUGCACUCAAUGACGUGUCACUACAAUCACUACCGAAUGAUAUUGGAAACUUGGCUAACCUGGUAACCCUGGAGCUGAGAGAGAAUCUACUGAAGUCUUUACCCACCUCUCUGUCUUUCCUGGUUAAACUGGAACAGCUAGAUUUGGGCAGCAAUCAACUGGAAGUAUUGCCGGACGCACUGGGGGCGCUGCCCAACCUCCGUGAGCUGUGGUUGGACAGGAACCAACUUUCUUCACUCCCCCCAGAGCUGGGAAGUUUGCGGAGAUUGGUGUGUCUGGAUGUGUCAGAGAACCGGCUCACAGAGUUGCCGUCCGAGAUCAGUGGCCUCAUCGCCCUCACUGACCUGCUGCUCUCACAGAACCACCUGGAUGCCGUGCCUGACAGCAUCGGCUCCUUGAAGCAAUUAUCUAUCUUCAAAGUGGACCAGAACCGCCUGGUGCGUCUAACAGAUUCAAUCGGCGAAUGUGAGAACCUCACAGAGCUGAUGCUGACAGAGAAUCUGCUGCAGUCUCUUCCAAGUUCUCUGGGAAAGUUAAAGAAGUUGACCAACCUGAAUGUGGACCGUAACCGCUUGAGCAGCGUACCAGCUGAAUUGGGUGGCUGUGCCAGUCUCAGUGUGCUCUCGCUCAGAGACAACCGCGUGGGCAAGCUGCCUGCUGAGCUCGCGAAUGCCACAGAGCUACAUGUGCUGGAUGUGGCAGGCAACAGGCUGCAGAACCUACCGUUCUCGCUAGCCAAUCUGAACCUCAAGGCCAUGUGGCUGGCAGAAAACCAGUCCCAACCCAUGCUCAAGUUUCAGACUGAGGACGACGAGCAGACGGGAGAGAAGGUCCUCACCUGCUACCUGCUGCCCCAACAGCCUACACCCAGCUUAGAGAACCUGCUGCAGAGCAGCGUGGACGAAAGUUGGCCCACAGACACUAAUCUGAACAGAGUGUCCGUCAUCCAGUUCCAGGACCAAACCAAGGCUGAUGAGGAAGAUGAUGAGACUGCAGCAGAGAGGAGGCAGGGCCUGCAGAGGCGAGCCACCCCUCAUCCCAGCGAGCUGAAAGUGAUGAAGAAUGUGAUCGAGGCCAGAAGAAACGAGGCUUACACAGCUAAGCCAGAUGAAGACCUGGACUCCCCAGACACUGAUGAGAAACGUAUGAGUGGAUUGUCCAAUCAGAGCCACGACUCCCAGGUCUCUAACAGCACUGCCUCAGCUACCUCUCAUGAUGAGACGCAAAAAGUAAAUGGCAUUGAGGUGGAGCUUAAUGAAAGACAUGAUCACGAACAGGAAGACGAGGAAGAGGACGCAGAAUACACUGAGCCUACUGUGCACUUUGCUGAGGAGCCCAUUAUCCGAGGCGGUGAUGAGGAUGAUGAGGAUGAAAACGAGGACGACGAAGACGGCGAGCAUAGCGACGACGAGGCUCGGUCAGCCCCCUUCCCUGCUGAGAAACAGCGCCUCAUCCGCAAGGAUACACCACACUACAAGAAGCACUUCAAGAUCACCAAACUGCCCAAACCUGAGGCUGUAGCUGCGUUACUGGAGGGCUUCAGCCCUGACGCCCCCACAUCAGUCCCCCGAAUACCCAGCGAAGAGAAGGAUGGGGAGCAGGAAGAGGAGGAGGAUGAAGAGGGAGCAUCAGUUAACACCCCUCUGUUGCGGAGACUAGAGGCGGCUGAGCAAGAGGACAGCAGGCUGACUCAGGUGAACAGCUCGCUGCAGCCGGUGAAGGGGGUGUCAUUUGAUCAAGUCAAUAAUCUGCUGAUUGAGCCUGCUCGAAUUGAGGAGGAAGAGCUGGUCCUGAGCAUCCUAAGACAAACUGGUGGAUUAGGCAUCAGUAUAGCUGGGGGGAAAGGAUCCACUCCUUACAAGGGAGAUGAUGAGGGUAUCUUUAUCUCCCGAGUGUCAGAAGAUGGUCCAGCUGCACGAGCUGGGGUCAAAGUGGGAGACAAAUUACUUGAGGUAAACGGGGUAGAUCUGCAGGGAGCAGAGCACCACACGGCAGUGGAGGCCUUACGGAGCUCAGGAACGGCAGUGACCAUGACUGUGCUUCGUGAGCGAAUGGUAGAGCCUGAGAACCCUAUCACCACUACACCCCUGAGACCCGAGGAUGAUUACUUCCCCCGGGAGAGGAGGUCCACUGGCCUUCCAUUCAGCCUGGAGCCUGGAUCCACUGCCGUUAGCACGGGCCCCUGCCAGCGCCUGGCCACCUGCUUAGUCCGCAACGACAAAGGCUUAGGCUUCAGCAUCGCUGGGGGAAAAGGCUCCACACCGUAUCGGACUGGAGACAUGGGAAUCUUCAUCUCUCGCAUUGCUGAAGGAGGUGCUGCUCACAGAGACAACAUCCUUCACGUGGGAGACAGAGUCAUAUCUAUCAAUGGUGUAGACAUGACAGAAGCCAGACAUGACCAGGCAGUAGCGCUGCUUACCGGCACCUCCCCCACCAUCUCGCUGCUAGUGGAGCGGGAACAAGCGAGCUCGGGCGGCUCCUCAGGCCGAGCACGCUCCCACUCUCCUCCUCCUCCGGAGCCUUCAGACUCACCAGAGCAAGAAGAGGCAGGAGAUGACCGCCUGGGGAACCAUCUCAGCUGUCCUAUGGAGGAUGAGUACCCCAUAGAGGAAGUGACACUGGUCAAAACAGGUGGUCCUCUGGGUCUGAGCAUUGUGGGUGGCAGUGACCAUGCCAGCCAUCCAUUUGGCAUCAGUGAACCAGGAGUGUUUAUUUCAAAGGUGAUCCCUCAUGGCCUAGCCUGUCAGAGUGGAUUACGUGUAGGUGACCGCAUCCUAGAGGUAAACUCCAUUGACCUGCGACACGCCACCCACCAGGAGGCUGUCAAAGCCCUGCUGUCCAACAACAAGGAGAUCCGCAUGCUAGUGCGCAGAGACCCCUCACCACCUGGCAUGCAGGAAAUUGUCAUUCACAAGCAGCCUGGAGAGAAGCUGGGCAUCAGCAUCCGAGGAGGAGCCAGAGGGCAUGCCGGCAACCCAUUUGAUCCAACAGAUGAAGGCAUCUUCAUCUCCAAGGUGAGCUCUUGUGGUGCUGCAGCACGAGAUGGCCGCCUGAAGGUGGGGAUGAGAAUCCUGGAGGUGGGCAAUCACAGUCUCCUUGGAAUGACUCAUACGGAAGCAGUCAGGGUCUUGCGUGCCACAGGAGAUACACUGGUCAUGCUGGUGUGUGAUGGCUUUGACCCCAGAAACGUCGCUGGCACAGAGGCAUCUCCGGGUGUCAUUGCGAACCCAUUUGCUGCUGGAAUUGUUCGAAAGAACAGCAUGGAGAGCAUCUCCUCAAUAGACAGAGAUCUGAGCCCAGAAGAGAUGGACAUCAUGCAGAAGGAGGUUGAGAUGGUGAGAGAGACGUCUCAGUGGGAACGGGAGGAGAUGGAGAAAGUGGAGCGUAUGCGCUUGGAGCGUGAAGCGGCUACUCGUCUGCUGGAGGAGGAGACUGAGAGCAUGAGCACUGGACCUCUGAAACUGGACUACAAGACACUGGCAGCUCUUCCCACAACCAGCCUGCAGAGGGUCAAUCGGCUGUCUUCUACCUUUACUGAAUCCUGUCCCAUGGAGAGUGCUCUUCAGGCCAGGCCGUCUGGCACUAUAGAACCCCUGUGCUUUGAGAAAGCUCAUGCAACCCUGUACCAUGUAGAUGCCCCUGUCCUUCCCUCAUCCUCACUGUGCUCAAUUACAACCUCAGCAGCACCCAAACAGACCACAGCUAUGCCACAGGACCCCAGUCCAGCACCCACAGUCACACAGGAAGCACAGGAAGAGGAGUGUCUUGUGGACUCUCAGCCAAUCUGUUUCAAAGAAAAUCCCUUCCUGGUAGCUAAUCGUAAGAGCAAGGGUCGUCCCCUUGAGGAGCGCAUCCUUUCAGGGCCGCCCACAGGCUAUGGCAGGCAGGGGCAGCUUCAGACCUGGUUGUAUAAUAAGCAGGCUCCCUCAGCUGAGCCUCCGAGAAUUGACAGUCCUGUCCGGGAGCCUCUUUAUUCCCCAGGUUCUCAAUUGCCGUCAUUUCGACAGUCCUCAUCCUCAACCCCUGUCGCACAAGGCAGGGAGACCCGAUUCGCAAGCAUUCAUUUAUCCUCCAAUGUGGCUGCCAAGGACAAUUCAGCUACCAAGCCUGGUGCCAUCCAGCCUAUCUCACGAGUACGGCCUCCUGCCUCUCCAGUCAGUCAGGAUGGUCACAGUAGUCCCAACCCUUUCCAGCAUGGCCCUUCCCCCAUCAACUCCCAGACCACUCCUCGUGCCCCAUCCCCAGAUACUUUCAACGAAUUUCCCAUCAAUGUCAAGCAGGCAUAUAAGGCGUUUGCUGCUGUGCCCCACUCCAUGGCUGUGCUGGAGCCCCCACAGGAUCUCUAUGGUCAGAGGAACAACUUUCACCCAAAGCAGACAUUGCCAGAGCCAGAGGAGUGUAAUGAAGUGUUUAUAGGUGAGGGUGAAAGAGGGGGCCUCAGCCCUCGACCCUCCCUCUCAUCUGACCGUCGUGAGUACAGGAAUCUGGCAGCUGUGCCACGCCUGUCUCGCCCCUCCCUGGAGUCUAAGCCCCCCACGUCCUGCGGGAGAAGGAGCCCAGAGCAGCGGUCUUUCAGAGACAGACAGAAGUACUUUGAGAUUGAUGUGAAGCAGCAGACACCAGACAGCAAACCCAAACCUCGUGUUUCACUUGUAGGAGAGGAUGACCUGAAAAAAAUGAAGGAGGAGGAAGCCAAAAGAAUUGAGCAGAGCGCAAGGGAGUAUCUGCUGGAUGAGGAUGAGGACGAUGAAGAGGAAGAUUUGGCGAAGCAGGUGGCGCAAAUGAAGGCCCAGGGCAAGGUUAUUCUGGAUGGGGUAGAGUACAAGGUUGAGUCUGUCAGCAGCCACUCUUCUACUCCACCCAGGCAAUGUGUCACACCUCCAAACUACAGUGCUAUGUCUCCCAGCUACUGUGGCAGCUCAGGGACUUCCUCUGUAGAUGGUAGAAGUGAUUCCCAGCGCAACUCUAUGGAGGAUAGCUUCAGACUGGAGCAGAGACCCAACUCCAUGACUGGCCUGAUCCCUGUGUACCCGGGUGAGUCUGCAGCUCCCAUCCGUACUGCCAAGGCUGAGCGCAGGCACCAGGAGAGGCUCCGUGUGCAGAGCCCAGAGCUCAGUGUGGCUCCAGACAAGGAUCUUUCUCCUGCAGAGAAAAGGGCCCUAGAGGCAGAGAAGAGAGCCAUGUGGAGGGCAGCCAGGCCUUAUGGUCUAGAGGAAGACGUUAGGCAGUAUGAGCAAGACCUGGCCAAGAGGCUCUACCAGUCACGUGUGAGGGCGUCGUUAGACAGUGCUGCAGCUCCUCCCUCUACCUGCUCCUCUUCCUCUCAGCCCAGGAUGAAGUCUUUAGAGCAGGAUGCUCUCAAGGCUCAGAUGGUCAUUGCUAAGUCCAAGGAAGGGAGAAAGCGAGGCACACUGGACCAGUUAGCUGAAUCGCCAUCUCCUGCACCCACGCCUUCACCCACUCCUAUGGAAGAUGUCAGUCCGCGCGCUGUGACAUCACCAGGUCGACUGUCCCUGUCAGAAAAGAAGUUUGACUACCGACAAUUCGCUGCCAUUCCUUCUUCUAAACCUGUAUACGACAUUCAGUCUCCAGAUGCUACAGAUGUUCGAUUCAACAGUGAUGUCUCCACUAGCCCAGUUUCCUGUGUAGAAGCUGAUGUGCCUGUAGCUCCUGUGGCCGCCACAUCUGCUCUGGAGGAGAUGGCUUUGUACAGCAACAAGCGUAAACUCCGACAGGGCCGUCGCAGUCUAGAGACAGCCGUUCCCACAUAAUUUCACACACACACACACACACACACACACACACACACACACACACACACACACUCACACACGAUACAGAUUAUAAAACAUAGUGCACAUUAGCUAGUGAUGCUACAAAGUAUAGACAAUACUAAAAUGUACAUUCACAGAAAUGUGUGAAAGACUUUCAACCACUCUCGCUUCGUUGUUGACCUUCACAGUGACAGUUUUUUUUUUUCUUCUUCUUCUUCUUCUUUCUAAAGAAACACUACAGCUUCUUGUCUCUUGCACGCCAGUCUUGCCUUUCCAGCUAACAUUUAGCACAGAUGUGGAAGGCUUCUCCUCUUGCUCUGUAGUGGAUGGUUAAGGAGGGCCUUCAUACCAUGCAAACUCCACUCUUGCUUUUAUUUUUGUUUCUUUUCCUACUGUUUGCUUUUAACAAGCUAAAUUAUUUUAGAUGAUACUGAUUUGGGUGCUUUUUAAUACUUUAAUUUUAAACCUCUGAUAUUAAUGUAAAAAAAGUUCCUGACUUUUUUUAAAGUUGAAUGUGUUAAUGUUCACAUAUCCAGAAGAUCAGCCAUUUGAAGGGCAAGCGAUCAUUCUACAGCCUUCACUGCCCCAUACAUGGAGGGGGAAAAAAAAAAAAAAAAAAAAACAUUUUACACGUAAUUUAUUUCCGUAGUGGCCAUUGAGGCUUUUAUUCACUUUUUAAAAGAUGCAUUAUAAUUGGGAAUAUUCCACCAAUCAGUUAAUAUUUACUGAUAGUAGAUUUAUUGAUUUAUCAGUGCUGCAUAGCUCUGUAUCAACUUUAUAACCAUAUCAUUGGCUUAUAUCUUUUGGAUUUGGAUCAGUGUUGCAAAUGAAUGUAUGUUCUUGUUGGUCUUGUGUUCUGAGGGUUCAUCUCACCAUAAAGCUAAAAAGAACUCAUUAUAGCCUGCCUGGUUUCAUUUGAGUGCAGCUUAAACUGAACUAAACGGCUCUCUAGUCUUCCUGGACCAGGACUAGAAGAUGAAAGACUACAGAGGACAACAGAAUCAUUAAAAAAAAAAAAAAAUGUCAACUUUCUGUCAAAGUGCAGUGGUUACGUCCAUGUGAAAACCAGAAUAUCCUCCCCUUGGCAUUUUUCUGCUUCCUGGACCAUGUUGCAUGCUGUUUGUUGGAACAUUCCCAUUACCAGACUGACUA